GUGGUAUUUUUUUUACAGCGUACGCUAGCGUGUCGAUCAGCUGACCUCGGAAAGGAAGAGGAAGAAAAAUGGAAGGUAACCGAGACGAAGCAGAAAAAUGUAUAAACAUAGCGAUUAAGGCUGCCGAAGCAGGAGACAAAGAGAAAGCGUUGAAAUUCCUGAAUAAAGCGGAGAAACUAUAUCCCACCGAGAAAGCGAAAGUGCUGCUGGAGGCCCUGAGCCGGAAUGGCAGCUCCACGGGGAACGGCACGUCUUUCCAGCGACCGGGGAACGGGACCGAGAACGGCCGGACCGGGGCGGGGGGGCACGGGCAGGAUACGGGGAACGGGGAGCCGGCCAAGGGCUUCACCAAGGAGCAGGUAGAGGGGGUGCAGAGGGUGAAGAAGUGCAAGGAUUACUACGAGGUCCUGGGCGUCAGUAAGGAUGCCAACGAGGAGGAGCUGAAGAAGGCCUACAGGAAACUGGCGCUCAAGUUCCACCCCGACAAGAACCAAGCGCCUGGAGCGACAGAAGCCUUCAAAAAGAUCGGCAAUGCGUACGCGGUCCUCAGCAACCCCGAGAAGAGGAAGCAGUACGACCUGACGGGCGGAGAGCCGCCCGCCAACGCCGGACCCACCCGCGGCGGCGGCUUCGACUUCCACUCGGGCUUCGAGGCCGACAUCACGCCCGAGGACCUCUUCAACAUGUUCUUCGGGGGAGGGUUCCCUUCCUCGAGUGCACACUCCUUCACCAACGGCAGGGCCCGGUACAGCCAGCAGCACCCCACCCACACCAGGCCGGAGCGGGCCGAGGGCCAGGGAGACGGUGGCUUCUCCAUGUUCAUCCAGCUGAUGCCCAUAGCAGUGCUGAUCCUGGUGUCCAUCCUAAGCCAGUUAAUGGUGUCCACUCCCCCCUACAGCCUCUACUCCAGACCGUCGACUGGGCAGACAGUUAAAAGGGCGACAGAGAACCUACGCGUGGAGUAUUACGUCGCCAGAGACUUCAAAUCGGAAUACAAGGGCCCAACUCUGCAGAAGAUCGAGAAAAGCGUGGAAGAGGACUACGUGUCUAAUGUCCGAAACAACUGCUGGAAGGAGAAACAAACGAAGACGGACCUGUUGUACGCAGCCAAGGUCUACCGGGACGAUCGGUUGCGAAAGAAGGCGGAGCUUAUGACCAUGGACAACUGCAAGGAGCUAGACCGGCUAAACCUGCUGUACCGGGGUGGAUGAGCUGCGGCCCCGCGGACCGCCUCACACGCGUGCACAUAAAUACGUACAUACGUGUACAUGUAUACUUUUAUACAGAGAGAAUACGUCGACAUAGAAAAGGGGGGGGGGGCGGGGGGAAGUUAGCCUUUCUGUGGGAGCUCAUUCGCCCCAUGUUCACAUCCAUUCCACUGCCACCCCCGGCCUCCACAACCCCCCCCCCCCCAACACCCUCCACCCCCCCAAGGAAACGGCCUUGCUGCAUCUCUGCGAAUCUCCACAUGCAACCCUCCACCGUCCGUUACUUCAGUUCAUGAUGGCCCAGCAUCUCUAAUCUCCCUACGAUCGCUUUUUUUUUUAAAAAGAAGAAAAAAGACACAUCGUGUACAAGGGUUAUUAUUGGGAUUUUAACCAGCCCCAUGUGCUCGACUUCAACUUCAUCUGGAUUGUUUUCCUCUCCAGUGUUUUCUUCCCCUAGACAAGACAGCAUGGACAUGUUGGCGUCUGGAGAGGCGCAGAAGAUGGCUGCUGAACAGCCGUGCCAGAACCCCUGAGUCGGGGGUACCCCGAAAACGAAGGAGAAAAUGUCAGAACUCGACCGAUUGAUGGAUCAUUUAGACCAUUUCCAUGUCAUGAGAUUGUAAAUAUUUUACUUUUGAAUGUUUUGAAGUUAUGCGAGAAUUAUUUAAGUACUUAAGAGAGCGGAGUUUAUCUUCAGUGCCGGACUAAUAAUUUGAAUAAAGUUUAAAUUAUUACCUAAACAAGAA